AUGUCCCAACAAUCUGACAUCAAUCUGUACACCACACAGACGCCUAAUGGCAUCAAGAUCUCUAUAACUUUGGAAGAGCUAGGCCUCCCAUACAAAGUUCACAAGAUCGACAUUUCCAAGAACACACAGAAGGAAGAAUGGUUCCUGAAGAUCAAUCCCAAUGGGCGAAUCCCCGCGCUUACCGAUACCUUCACCGAUGGCCAAAUUAUCAAUCUCUUCGAGUCCGGAAGCAUCAUGGAAUAUCUCGUCGACCGCUACGACCCAGAGCAUAAGAUCAGCUUCCCCAAGGGCACACGUGAAUGGUAUGCCAUGAAGAACUGGCUCUACUUCCAAAAUGCCGGUGUUGGGCCCAUGCAGGGUCAAGCUAACCAUUUUACGCGGUAUGCACCUGAGCACAUUGAGUACGGUGUCAACCGAUACCAGAAUGAGACUCGUCGUCUAUACUCCGUGCUCGACAAGCACCUUGCCGCAGACAACAAGCCCUAUCUGUGUGGCGAGAAAUGCACGAUUGCUGAUAUCUCCCACUAUGGAUGGGUCGCUGCCGCCGGUUGGGCAGGCAUCAAUAUCGAUGAGUUCCCCUCGCUCAAAGCCUGGGAAGAGCGCAUGACAUCGCGCCCAGGUGUUGAGAAGGGUCGUCACGUACCUGACCUUCACUCCAUCAAGGAGCUUCUCCAAGACAAGGACAAGAUGGAAAAGUAUGCUGCCGAAAGCCGCAAAUGGAUUCAGGGAGGCAUGAAGCAGGAUGCCGAGAAGCAAAAGUAA